AUGGCGGGAGUAGAGGCGGCCAUAUUAGCAGUGCUGGGAUGGGUGGCGUCUCCCCUCGUGGCGAAGCUGCUCAACGAAGGCUACCUCAGCUUAGGCAUCAACGCGGAGAAGAAGCUGGAGAAGAUGAGGGACACCGUCCUCCCGGUGCUGAAAUCGGUGAUCGAGAAAGCGGAGGGCAGCCCGCACCGGAGCGAGGUGGAGGGCUGGCUGCAGAGGCUGAAAGACGCUUACGACGGCGCGGAGGACGCGCUGGACCUCCUCCACUACGGCCGCCUCGGACGGCAGGUGGCGGAAGCAAGGAGUGGCAAGAGGCGAAGUAAUCCGGUACCAAAAAUUGUUCGGGAUACGCUGUCGCCAAAAAAGUUCAAGCUGAAGCGAAGGCUGAACAAGCUUGAAAAGAUCGCCGGCGAAGCCGAGAAACUCCGCACCUUGUUAGGCGCCCAGCCCGACCAGACGGCAGCAGCAGCGCCUGACAGCAUGCAGGCCAUCUCAGAGCCUCCGCUGACGGUGUUCGGCCGUGACAAGGAACGUGAUGAAAUCAUUCGGCGUUUGAAAAUGGAACCUGCAGCAAUUCGCGAGCCUGGAUCGUCAUCGGGCGUGCCUAUAAUUGCCAUAGACGGCCGCCCGGGGGUCGGGAAGACCACUCUCGCACAGUACGUCCGCAAGCAGCUGAAGAGCGAAUUAGGUGACAGACAACAUUUUCAUCCCAUCAUGUGGGUCCACGCAUCUCGCAAUUUCAACGCAUCCGAAAUUAUGAGAGACAUCGUACAACUAGCUUCUCCCGCAGAUGUCGGUAACCUUAGCUCGCCUGAAGCGCUACGACAGAAAAUGAACGAAAAGCUGAACGCGAAGAAGUUCCUGCUCGUGAUAGAUGAUGUUUGGUUCGACGGAGAAGACCGCAAGGAGAAUCGGGAUGGAGAAGACCGCAAGGAGAAUCGGGAUGGAGAAGACCGCGAGGAGAAUUGGGAUGUGCUAUUGAGAUGUUUAAGCACAUGUUGUUGUCUGCCAGGGAGCAAGAUUUUAGUUACGUCUCAAACAAAAAUCACGUCUCAAACGGAAAUCACGUCUCAAACGGACGAUCAUCGUCCGAGAAAUAUUACUGUUGCUCCUAAUGGUGCUUCUGUGGAAUACGUUUGCCAUUUGGAAGAUUUAGCAGACAAUGACUUCUCAGAUCUUUUCAUUCACCACGCAUUGUGGCAAUGCGAUUCUCACCUAAGAGAAGAUUUAAAAGAGAAAUGCAGGACAAUGGCUGCGAAGUUGAACAAGGACCCUACGGCGGCCAAGAUGGUCGGCAAGACGAUCGCUAAGAAGCUGGCCAGUCUCCAAGAUAAUUUGCAUGAUAAUUUGCAUGAAUAUUUGCAUGAAUAUUUGGAAACGAUUACAGACGAGGACUGGUCCGGCGGCAAAACCAAAGCACUGAUGUGGAGCUUCCGGCAUUUGCCGGCACAUCUCAAGCGUUGCUUCUCAUACUGUCGCCUGUAUCCUAGAGGAUACAAGUUCAAAGCUUUAGAACUGGUUCGGCUCUGGAUGGCGCAAGGUUUUAUCAAGCUGGAUGAUCGGAAUGAGAGGAUGGAGGAUGCAGGCGACCUAAAAGAUUUGGUGUCCAGAUUCUACAUUCAGCGUCAUAAAAGAUUCUGCCACUCCUCUGGGACAGGUAAGCUUGUCUGCUGCUACACGUUGCAUGAAUUGCUGUAUGAUCUAGCAGAAAAAGUUUCUCGCAGUGACUGUGUUAGAAUAGAAGGUAAUUGUCAAAGCGAGAUCCCGUCGACUAUUCGCCAUCUGUGCAUACCGGCUGACAAACUGAAUGAGAAGAAGGAGGAAAUUUGCAAACUGAAGAAACUUCGCACCCUAAUCGUCACGAAAGGACAAAGCGUCGUCUCAGACAAAAAUGUUGCGACCAGCAUCUUCAAGAGCUUAAAAAAGUUGCGCGUGCUACAGGCUUUGGGGUUAAAUCUGGAAAAACUGACAUCAAAGUUUAUAAGCGAAAUGAAGCACCUUCGCAUCCUGCAAGUUUCAAGUACUGGCAAGUUCGUGCUGCCGAAGUCGGUGUCCACUCUGUAUCAGCUACAGGUGUUGGGAGUAGAAAACGCUAGCUCACUUCCUGCACACCUUACCGACUUGGUCGGCUUGAGGAAUGCAAUAUUUCGUACGCCGUUUCUCACCCUCGUAACAAAUGAAGACCUGCAGAUGAGCCAAGAAGAGAAGACAUCCAUGAAGCAGGUCAUGAGCAAAAGGAUGCCGAAAUGGUUUCUGCAGCAAGAUCGGGAGUCCUCAGUCAACAAUGAAAAAGGACUAAUGAUCAUGACUAAAAGGAUGGAGACAUGGUCUAUCUUCCUAUAUCAACGGCCCUUAGUCAACAAUGAAAAAGCAAUGAUGAAUUCCAAAGCCGCAACGAAUGACUCAAGUAAUGAAGCUAGCUCUGCAGAGCAUAAUAAGAGCGCACCUGCCGCCAACGUGGAUAUAACCGCUGUCUGGGAGAGAUGGUUGGAGGCGCAUGAGGGGACGAUGGAAUUGAUUUACAGCAGACAAAAUGAGGCCAAACUGCUGCUGCCCUCUACCCUUACCAAGCUCUCGCUUGAGGGAUGCAGUAUUACAGACCACGCGUUGUCGAGAUCAGAGCAGUAA